AUGGUUAAGGACUUUGAUAGCGGCAGUGCUACGGCCGAGAGUGCGUCUGAAGACUCGACUACGAGCUUGCAGAAGAAAGCGGGCGGGUCGCCGUCGAGUGUGAUCAGGACCAGCCGCCUGCAGCCUCUACCGGAAGGCAGCGGCGACCAGUUACUGCCGCCCGAAGACGGGCCAUCGAAACAGCGGCUACCGACGGCAACAAAAUCAGAUACCUCUUCAGCCCACAGCAGCAAACAUAGCAGUGGCAUAGCGACGCCGACGAAACGCAGUAGCUGGACGCACACGUACGCUUCCUGGCUGCAGAACCACCAGCAGCUGCACGUAACUCGGCUGGAGGACGACGUCCCCGGACAGCAGUCGCCUACUGCGGAAGACGAAGCCUUCUUGAGCACUGUGCGUCUGAGUUCGCCCAGCCAUCAUUCAGUAUCUACAGUGACAAGCCAGACAGGACAGCAGUUGGAAGGAAGCAGAUCGCCAUCGAGGUCCAGCACUCUGCAGGACUGGCAGCCAUCUCUGGAGGACUUGGAUGACGAGCUCCUGGCAGAUGACGGUGCACCACCCAUUGACAGGCUGCCACCAAUCGUCCCAUCGUACACCAGCAUGCACAGCGGGAGCUAUGGAGGUGGCACGUUGGAGGCGAAGCGCUCUAGCUGGACGGAGACGUAUAUGUCGUGGCUGGAAAAUCAAGAGCUACUGGCCCAGCAACUCCAGGAGUUGCGCCUUAGAAACGAAUCACGUGAACAGCGUAGACCCAAGCUUCAGGUUCCGAAGAUGACGGCCCUGAGUCCCUCAAAGGCCAGCCUCCUGAGCGGCGUGGUGAGCGCUAUGAUGGCAGCUCGGAGCAGCUCCGCUGCUUCUGCUUCCGCGUGCAGUUCCAACAGCGCUUCUGUUGCCAGUGCGACCGCCGAUUACGCUCCUUGCGCCACGACUGCUUCCGACCCCAGUACCGUCGCUAAAUCCCCCACACUGACCAUUGCCUCUUCUAUCACCACUGUAGUCACUGCUCAGUCACCCAGUACCUCAGCUGCUUCACCAGACAUUACCAGAGGUUCUGCCACCUCCAUUGUGAGUGAUGCUACAACCACCAGCAAAACUGGUUCCUGCAAUACCAGUAUCUAUGCCAUAUCACCCAACGUCACUUCCCUCCCUUCAGACUACAGUACUGUUUCAACAGCUGACAGUAACAGAACCGCCUCCCCAACCAUUAAAUUUGGCUCAUCUGCCUCCAAUGCAACGACCACGUCUGCGUCCACAGCAAAAAGCUCAUAUGUCCCUUGUAGUAGAGCCGCUUCUCCAACCAUUAAAUUCGGCCGAUCUGCCUCCAAGGCAACAACCUCUUCUGGCUCCAGUGCAAAACGAUCUUAUGCCAGCAGUGGCAGAGCCAGUUCACCAACCAGUAAAUUCGGCCCAUCUGCCUCCAACAUAACCUCCAUUUCUGCUGCCACUGCAAAAGACCGUUAUGCCCCCAGUAGCAGGGCCGCUUCCCCAACCAUUAAAUCUGACCGAUCUGCCUCCAGUGCAACCACCACUUCUGCCUGCAGUGCAAAAGGCUCUUAUGCAUCCACUAGUAGGGACGCCUCUCCAACCAUUAUAUUUGCCUCAUCUGCUUCCAAUGCAACCACUGAAUCUGGCUCCAGUGCAAAAGGCCCUUACACUCCCAGUAGCAGGACCAGGUCGCCAACUAUUAAAUCUGCUUCCUCAAAUGCGACUGUGGGGUCCGGCUUCGACAGAGUGGGAGCUUACACUCCAAGUAGCAAUGCAGGAAGCCCCACAAUUACCUUAGCCUCUUCUACCUCAAGUGCAGUAUCAACUCGCUCUCCUUCCCCCACCAAAACAUUCGGCUCUUCGGUUUCCAGUGCAAUUCCUGCUUCUGGUUCAGUACAUACAUGUACCACCAUCGCUAGAGUAACUUCCCCCUCCAUUGCCAUUCGGUCUUUUGGUUCCAGUGUACCCAAAAGUUACUCUUCUACUAUGUCCACUGGUUCUCCCACCAAUGAAUAUGGGACCUCUUCAUAUAGCAGGGAUGCGACACACAGCCCCACAGGCUCCACUGCUUCGCCCAUCAUUACUUUUCCUUCAUCUGCCUCCACUCCUGCCACCUCCUGUACACUUACCAAUGCGGGCACAUCCAACAUCAUUUCCAUCAUCAAUUCUGCCUCCAGCGUGGACAACACUUCCAAUGGCUGUGUAGCCUCCCCUAUCGUUUCUUUUCCACCUUCCACCCCCAGUAAAACCUCCAUUCCCUCCUCUGGUACAUCUGGCUUUCCUGAUGCCAAGACCACUGUCAAUUCUUCGGCUAUGGACCACCCAGAAAGUGCUAGUGAGACUGCUGGUCCCCUAGCCGUCAUUUGUGCAAUGGACCACAACACUUCCCAUACAGCGUCUGGCGACUCUCCCUGUAGACCUGCAAACAACGAGGACGGUAAACAGGACGAAGAACGCAGGGUCGUCGUUUAUACAGCACCAGCUGUUACAGAGGCGGCCAGAGCGACUGUGGCGCAGGCGGAGACUGCAGACGUCAACUGGCUGACGCAAGCUGGGCGCAUGCUGUCUGCACUGCCGCUGCCUAAGGGACCAGGCCCAUGAGGCCGACACAACUGUACCUGUACUUGUCUGUCAAACAAAACGUCUUGUCGUCUUCAUUACCAUAUUCUUGUAAUUGGUGCCAGCCAAAUAAUGUUUUCUUAUGUCUUAACUUGAUGUUGUAUCUAUGAGAAGUAAUCAUAAAGUUUCGAUUACAACCUCGAAAAAAUUAAGUUGCGACCAAUUAAAUUCUUGGCGUAGACCUUGGUUGUACA